AUGAGCUUUUCCGCUCUUUCUGUACCUGUUAGAAUAUGGAACACGGAAUCCACCUGCAUUGACGACCUACCACCUCUCAAAUUUUCCAAUUUUGUCCGAUCACUCAUUGCGUCGAGAGAGCAAUUCAAGCUCUCACUCUCUCCUUCCCUCUCUCUUUCCAUUAACGGCUCAUCUGCCGACGUGAAACCCUCCCCCGACACGAUUCGUCUGCUACAGUCUGCGACUCCAGGUGCCUUCAUCAUGAGCCCGAACCAGAUACACACAACCUCUCAAGAAAGCCUGUUGAUGGCGUGUGUUAACUUGGUACAGGAAAGGGCGAGUUGUCUGGAGGUGACCAAAACCAGCUUCCUCGGACACUUUGGCGUAGGCACGAACCGACCCCUCUGUCGACAUGUGCAUUCCCGAUACCGUUGUGUCCUCAUCUCCGUGUUGCACCCUCCCACAUUUCCACACACCCGACACACACACACACACUCAUCCAUACACAAGCGAGAAAAGGCGAGGGAUUCCGUCUGGUUGGGUCGGUACAGGACAGAUAGAUGGGCCCCGUCGCCCAUCUCCAUGAGGCGACGUAACCUGCAAGACCGACAGUUGUUUGUCUUUUCCCACCUACCAACAGCCGCUUUGGCCAACAACCAUUGCUCUCUUACUCACACCCUCAUCGGGCUUCGUCAGACUCAACCAAUCGCCGCGACCACACAAUGGCCUGGCUUGACGUACCAACUUUCGAGCCUCGAGCAGAAGGGUUCGAAAUGCUGCUGGCUUCCUGGUCUCCUCUCGGUGGGGUUCUUGUGCGAAAAGCGAAUAAGAGAGGAGAGCAGGAAGAGCUUGAGCCAUCAGAAGGAGGCUUCAGGCGGUGCGUGA